AUGGUUGGCAAUAAAUGCGUUAUCGUCCUGUCUCUUCUAGCCAUAUCAGGUGCUCUCGCAAAAAAUGGGAAGCUCAGAAGAGAUUGGGAGCCAAAGUAUCAACAUGACCCCAACACAACACCAUACUGUAGCUGGUGGUACGACAAUGAUGGGUCAAUUACUUGUAAAGUAUACCAGCUAAAUCCUUCUAUCACCGAGACCUGUGGUAAUUUCUUCAAGGAAAGGUCUUAUUGCGUCGAGGCAUUCAAUGAACCAAAGGAGACAAUGAGCUCAAGCCAAACACCGGUUCCAACAAUUAACUUUCUGAGCGUGUAUCCAAAUAUGCUUAGUUGUGAUUAUUCCUCGGCUUUCCUACUCUUUUAUACCACCCAAUAUACUGGUGACCCAGAGUCCUUCUUCUGGCACUUGCUAUCUCUCUCACCUUCAGGACAAGGGCUUGGCCUCUUUCGUUGCAGGUUAUAUUGUCAACCUCCAGCACCCUGUCCGAGAUCUCAUUUGAUUGCUCUCUUUCAUUCUCUCUAUGCAUUUAAUAGAAGAAUCGCAUAUAGCUCCACGAAAGCAUACUUUCAAUCUCCUUCCUUUCUUUUGAUAGGCGGAUGUUUAUCUAUUACAAUAGUUAGCUUGAGGGUUUUCAGGAUUCUCUUGACCACCUACAAUGAUUUCUUGUAG